AUAUCACUGCUACACUCAUUUCCAUCGGUUUGGCUCACCAGGCUUCUUCUCCUCUCUUCUUCUCCUACAUCUUCUUCCAGCCAAACAACCUGGUUUUCAACAUGACUUCCAUUGUCCGCACGGCAUGCCGAUCAGUGGCUCAGAUCUCUCGCAACGCCAUCGCAAACCAACUGCUUCGGACUCAGUCACCCACUCUGACAGCACAGAUUCGUUCCUACGCAACCGCUAAAAAAGCAGUUCGCGUGAAUGUUGCUCCAACCGUCAUCCCACCCAAGGACGGUAACAAAAACUCGCCGGAUGAUAAAGUUCUGAUGCUGGACGUGAAGAAGAAGGUGUUGGAUCUCUUGGAAAAGGAAGGUCCGAUGUCGAGACGGAAGAUGUAUGAUGACCAUCUUUCCUCGAUCUAUCCGACUGCACCAUUUGUCCCGAAUCCACCUCCGAGACCGCUCUGGCUACGAACCCAGUAUAGUCCCGAAGAAGAACGAGUCUACCUGACGAUGAGCAAAUUCAAGCGUCAACUGAUUCGAAGCCUUACUGCAGAUGGAACAGUCUCAGUCAUAACCGUCCGCAAGGUUCGACACCUACUGGCCGAGGUCGACGAAUCCGAUACAUCUGAGGAGCUUGCACAUCGGAAGAAAAAAAUGGAAAGCGUCGUCGCAUCUGAAACUGAGAAAACAUUCGUUUGGAUCCUCGACAGUUGGAUCACCACUCUCAAACAAAAAUCAUUGGAACGUUGUCAGAGAGAAGCCAAAUUACUCGGUCAUACCCCACCCACACGAUUCAAGAAAGCCUGAAGGAUAUACCUUUCUUCUACUCGUAUAAACCUAAAUAUCCCUUUUUGAGCUAAAACUCCCUUUGUGCAACCAAAAAAUUCGAUGUUCACUCGAAACC